UUUCUUUGUAAAGCAGCAAGGGGGAGGCCAAUCGUAGAAGCUUCGUCUGCGAUGAGAUGGAGAAAGACACUGGCGUUGGUCUCCAAAUCCACGCCGUCUGUGAUUUCAAGUGCGUUUCCAGCACAACGGGCGCUUGUCGAUCGAUGUUUGCCGAUGGCAGAGGAGACGAGGGCGAUGGAAGGGACGGCAGCGGGAACGGGAGCAGGACGCCGGCGGAGAAGAAGCUGUUCGACGAUUGGCUGGCCGGCAAGCUAUCCGGUCUGAUAGCGCUCGAUAGCGAGAGGAAGCAAGGAGUUCCCUGGACCCAAGAGGAGCACAGGUUGUUUUUGCUUGGCCUAAAGAAGUACGGCAAAGGAAAUUGGAGUAACAUCUCGCGCAAUUUCGUGAUCAACAGGACUGCUGCAUCCCGUCGUAUUACACCUUGUCCGUCACAUGCUUGCUCAGAUGCUGUAAUUUACUUCCCUUGUAAUGACUUUGAGUCGGGUACGGCGAGAGUACUGGGGGCGAGCGUUUCAUCUUUUUACCACAGUAAUCACCAGGACUGCUACACAAGUGGCCAGCCACGCGCAAAAGUACUUCAUCAAGCUCAAAUCUAACCUGGAAGACACGAAGAAGAAGAAGAACGUAAUUGUAGGGCGAUCCAGAUUUUAAUUUUUUUAAUUUGUUAGGACUUUUAAAUUAAAAAUAUAUUCUGAUCCCAUGUAAUGAAUAAAUAUUGAGGUAAUACCGUUUGUAAUUUUAAAUUAG